AAUAUAAAUAUAUAUUUUCGGCAUCCCUAAAUCCGAACAAACAAAAACACGACACGACGAGCACCGAACAGCACCGCGGCGGUUGAUAUUUUUCAGACCGCUCCAUUACAAUUACAUUACACAACUUAGCAGGCGGUGAUUUGUGAGAACGCUGAGUGUGGUGGUCCGACUUUUGAGAUAUAUAUUUACAAACAACGAAGCCGCAGAACUCCCGCUUACAAAAACCAAAUUCAAAAAACGCUUACCAGCUUACCAGAAUUACAAACAAGGGAGGCAUUAGAAUCGGAAUGAGAAAAACUCGUUAAGUUUGGGGAUUGUGCGGCAAAAAUCAAAGAUAUUCUUUAAAAGAUAAAACAACGGUUAACGGUUAUAUCCCUUCAAAUUAGUGUCCUUGUUGCUUUAGUUUUUGUUGUUAUUGAGGAAGAAGAAGAAGCCCGCGAGUGUGUGAAGUGAAAAAAUAGAAGAAAUAUUAAUAAAUAAAAGUUAUCAGGCAAUUACCGUUAUCAGCACCCGGCAAUAACAACAGAAAACCAUGUUGAUCUCGUGCAAAUGCUCGAAUUUUGUUGCCUCCUGCACAAAAUCGCAGCUGCGUGGUGAGGAUGGAGCAGCUACCGGUAACCCGGACCGGAACCCGGUCGGCGGAGAGGUGCCCAUCCCAGUCCUGCUGUCGCAGGUGUUCCAGCAGAGGUUUCCCCGCGAUUUCAAAUUCUACAACCAGUUCAUGGACUUUUUUAAGCGGGCCUCUGGACCCAUUCAGGAUCUCGCGGUGGUCGCCAUCAACCAGCGGGAACUGCUCUUCGGCCUCACCCUCGACGCCGCCGGCCACAGCUGGCAGCUCAGUCUGUGCAUCAACUGCAACGCGGUCCUGUGCGCCAAGCGAUUGACGGCAGAGACGGGCACGCCCACACACUACCUCAUCAACUCCACGCUGCUGACCAACAGCGAGGAACUGGCCCAGCGCAAGUCCAAAGUGUCCUUCUCGGACACCUUUGAGAUUCUGAUCAUGGACGAUAAGGAGAGCGACUCCGUCCCAGCGGGACCAACGAACGGAAUAGCGGCCUCCGCCUCCAACCUGAGCAUCGGCUCGUUGUCGGGGAAUCCCCUGGACGCCAAGUGGCAAAGGAUUCUGAAUGUGCAGGCCCAGCAGCAGGCGAGGGUGCAGGAGGAGAUCGCGGACACGAACGCGCGCAUCGAACGGUAUACCCGCAAUCAGUUCCAGUUGCUGAACAGCUUCCGGGAGAAGUCCGACCAGGACUGUGACAUGCUGCUGCGCCGGAUUCGACAGAUGCCCGAGCAGGCCUCGGAGCUGCUGGAUCACGGCAUGCCGCCCGCACUGGAGGUGGCCGGAAAUCAGCCGCAGAGUGCCACUGCCCGGCGCAGGAACACCAUUAGCAGCAGACGGGAGUUGUCUGGACCCACCACGCCCACCACCACCCUCAAUCAUCCUCCCAACUUCCUGACGCUCAACCAGAAGCCCAUGCAGCAGCAGCAGCAGCAACAGCAACAACCACAACAACCUCUGCCCAGUGCCUCGGUGACGAGGAGGCUGUCGCAAUUCGAUACGCCGCCCGCCACCCCCGAGUCCACGCCCAUGAGCGUCGGCAACAGCCCCACUUUCCGCCAACAGCAGCAGACGGUGGCCGGCGGUGCUCCCGCCCAGAAGUUGGUCACCCCGGGCUCGGUUAUGAGUCCAUCGGCUCAUGAUGCCGACGACGGCGACGACUGUCAGUUCGAUCUGGAGGAUGUGGAAUACGAGCCGACACCGACGGCCCAGCUACCCAGCUACCAGCGCAGCUUUAUCUACCAGCAGCAACAGUUCCAGCGGCUACCAGAGGAGGAGAACAGCAUGAGCAACGAUCUGGACGACAUCGAAGCCGCCGACGAGGCAGAAGAUGCUCUCUUGGACAGCUCGAUCUCGAUUCCUGGGCGACCACGUCACACCCAGACCCAGUCGCAGAUGAUGAACUUUGCCAGGAGUCUGCCCAUCGAGAUAGCCAACACCCCGCUCGCCGAGCGAGCUGCCGCGGCCAACAACAAUAACUUUGUGUUGGGAUGCGAGGAGGGUAUGGACAACAUCGAUAUAGCGGCCAGCAUCCAGGCACUGACCAAGAGUGUCCAUGGCGAGGCGGUGUUUGGCGACCUGCCCCGACCACGUCUGCGAUCUCAGAUCGAGGGCUAGCCUCGGGGAGGGGAGGUAUUCGGAGGAGGAAGAGAAGGAGGAGGAGGAGGAUCGGAGUCACCACUACGUACACAUAUUAUAUAUAUGUAUAUCAGCUCGUAAUCUGAAUAAUUUGUUAGACCGCCUUGAUAAGUUUUUCGCUAUCUGAACUAAAUUAGUUGCUCAACGAAGCCCAGGAGGACACAAGGAGCGCCUGCCACACACCGCAUACCGCAUACCGCAUACCGCAUAUGAACCACACUCGCGCAUCAAUCACAUAAACACCACCACCACCACCACCACCUACCAACUAAAAACUAGUACCAACUAAGCAGACAGGUUGCAAUUUCUUUAAUUAUACAUUAUACAUCGGCUAUAAGUUUUAUUUCAAGUUUUUUUUCGGAUGAUCUUCGAUUGGAAAUGUGUAUUUUCGACGAGCACGACGAGGUGUACGGCUGUCGUUGGCUGUUGCACAUUGAGUUAACUAACUGAUACUGAUACUGAUGAUGUUGUUAGUUUAUACAAUGAAUAAUUUAGAAUACAUAUACAUACAUAAUAUAUAUAUUAUAUAAACCAUAAAGAACGCCACCGGCUCUACCGACGCACCACAAAGCGUCCCAUCUAAAA